AUGACUCGACCUUUUCGUCCGAUCAAUAACUUGGAUACGCAGCUACAGUGGCUCAAAGAUCACCGAAAGCGACCUCGCGAGGAUUUAAACGAUUAUGUUAUAUCUCCCCCCAGGAAAAGACCUGUAGUGAAUAGCAUUUAUUUCUCGCACAAUAAUUCAACGCGUCUUAGUAAUUCAUCAGAAGAUACGCUUGUUGAACCGGACCGCACUCACCAAGAAAAUACGAAUCCGUACGAUGAUGGCUUCAUAAAUGAUUACUAUGACGAUUAUUAUAAAGAUAUUCAAUGGGAGGAUAUAGAGUCUGCAAUUAUGGAAAACGAACAAAACGAAAAAGGCGAUGGAUUCACAUUAAUAAGCUCGGACGAAGAAAUGGAGGACGAUCAACAUGACCGAGAAUUAUCGGCAGUAACACCGAAGGACAAUCUUAAGAAUCAACAUGAUCGAGAAUUAUCAGCAAUAACACCGAGGCACGACUUCAAGAAUCAACAAGGUCGAGAAUUAUUAACAAUAACAGCGGAGGACAAUUUUAGGAAUAAACAUGAUCGAGAAUUAUCGACAAUAACACCGGUGGACGAUUUUAGGAACCAACGGGAUCGAGAAUCAUCGGUAACAUCAACGGAGGACGAUUUUCAGAAUCAACAAGAUCGAGAAUUACUGGACACCAUCGACAUAACGUCAGACGACGAAUUUUAUGAACUUGAUCAACUUCCGUUACAACAAUUGGAGACAAACUUAUUGGAAGCUAAACAAAAGAAGCAACAGAUAGCAGAUCAGAUUCUCGAUUUACAGGACGCUAAUGCUGACGAAAGUACUAUUCAAGCACUGUAUUAUGAACGAUCACAGAUAAUAUUUCGCAUUGCGACACUUAACUCAAAAAUUGAAUCAAUCCAAAUCUCACCUGAUAUCUCACCCAACAUCUCACCCGACAUAUCACCCGAUAUCUUAUCACUACCUUCGACGUCAACUCCCGCGGUCAUCGAUGAGGAGGAAAAACAGUCCUAUCCAUGGACGGCAGAGGUCUAUUCUCUCUUGGCUAAUCCAUUUAAACUGCUUUCUUUCAGAGAAAAACAACUGGCAGCAAUAAAUACAACACUUUCUGGUAAAGACGUCUUUGUGCUGAUGCCCACUGGAGGUGGCAAGAGUCUUUGUUACCAGUUGCCAGCUCUAGUAACGACGGGCGUUACACGUGGAGUUACUAUCGUUAUAUCACCCCUCUUAGCGCUAAUAGAAGACCAAGUGCAACAUUUGAUCAAUUUAGGAAUUAUGGCGUGUGUAAUUAAUAGCUCUCAAGAUGCAAAGUCCAAGCAACUGGUAUAUGACCAAUUAGAUAGUCUAAAUUGUCAGAUAAAAUUGCUGUAUCUGACUCCUGAGAUGGUUGGCAAAGGAGUGAAAGUAAUGGAUAAGAUUCAGAAGCUGUAUGAGAGAAAGUUCCUCGCUCGAUUCGUCAUUGAUGAAGCUCAUUGUGUUAGCCGGUGGGGUCGUGAAUUUCGACCCGAGUAUAGUAAUCUCGGAGUACUCAAAGGACGCUUUCCGGAUGUUCCAACGAUGGCACUCACAGCUACCGCCAAUGGAGAGGUUCGCGAAGACGUGAUCAAUACGCUGCAUUUGAAAAAUCCGGUCACACUCGUCCGCAGUUUCAACCGACCCAAUCUAUUCUACGAGGUCAGAGAGAAGAAGAGCAAGACAGUUUCGAGUGAUAUAAUAGACUUUAUACGAGAUGAAGGUGUCGGGAAAGCAGGCAUUAUAUACUGCAGAACAACUGAGCAAUGCGAGAAGCUGUAUAAGGAGUUAAGUGUACAAUAUGGAAUCAGUGCUGCAUUUUAUCACGGGAAACUGAGACAACAAGAACGACAGUCUAUUCAAAAAAGAUGGCAAAAUGGUGAAUUACAUGUUAUUUGCGCCACCAUUGCGUUUGGUAUGGGAAUAGAUAAAGCGGAUGUGCGUUAUGUGCUCCAUCACACCCUACCUCAGUCGCUUGAAGGAUACUACCAGGAAACGGGUCGAGCGGGAAGAGAUGGGAAGCCGUCCAAAUGUGUAUUAUAUUACGCCAAAAGAGAUAAAAGCAACAUACGUUUUUUGAUAACCCAGUCGCAAGAAUAUUCAUCGGAUCAGAGAAAACGUCUGCUAAACAAUCUUGAGCAAAUGGUUUCAUACUGCGAGAACAAGUCUGUUUGUAGAAGAGUUCAAGUAUUGGAAUAUUUUGGAGAAAAUCUAUCACCUGAUCAAUGUAAGAAUAAUUGUGACAAUUGUCGGAGGAAAUUGUAUGGUGAACCAGUUAGUCCUCAACCGAAGAGUAAAUCAAGAAACAAGUCAUAUAUACUGAAUGACAUUGAUAUUAAUGAUAAUAAUCGAAGGAAUGAGUAUCGUAGAAAUGGAAAGAAAAGAUGGAACAAUGGAAAUAAUAAGAGCAAUAUAAUAGUGCCUGCUCCGCAGAGGAGGAGUUUAAGAAAUGCUCUAAAAAGAUUUAGAGCCUAG